AUGCCCGUGACUCCAGUUCGCCUCGUUGGGUCUUCUUCACGCGUCGCCACCGCGACUCCGCCGCCGAAGAAGCCCACCCCCGUCCCCACGCGUCCAUGA